AACAAAAUCAGGAAACGGCGUACCUCAGGUCAUAACACUUAGAGUUAACCGUCAUCAUGAUCAGAUGUGUGCUUUUAGUAGUCAGUUUUCUUCAAAUAUUUGUUCUAAUAAAUGGGACCAACAUUUUGUGUUUAACGCCAAUCCCUAGCCCCAGUCAUCACAUAUGGAAUCGAGCAUGGAUGGAAGCGCUGGCAGCGAGAGGACACAAUCUUACCAUUGUUUCGGCAGAUGUGGAAUCCCUCAAAAAGGAGAACAUGACGUACAUCCAUCUAGAGAAAGCUUACUCAUUCCUUACAGAAGCUCUGGAUCUUAAUGAAAUGGCAAACGCAAAUGCUUUCGGUGGUGUACGCAGUUUGUACGCCUGGGGCACUGGUAUGUGUAAAGGAGUGCUACACUCCGAAGGAAUGAACACCAUCAUGGGUUAUCCGGAUGACUUCAAAGUGGAUCUUGUGGUGGCAGAUGUAACCCUCGGGCCCUGCUUGUUUGGAUUGCUGCAAAAGUUUGGGAACCCUCCAGUGGUGGGGGUUACAGCAUACAAUAAUCCAUCCUAUACGAUAGAUUUCAUCGGAGGACAUAAACAUUAUUCGUAUGUGCCAUAUGUAAUGCUGAACUACGAUCAGGAUAUGAGCAUAUUCCAACGUGCGUACAACUAUAUUGUGUUCCUGUAUGAUGAUUACUACCGUCAUCAUACUUUCCUGCCUACAAUAGAGAAAAUGAUGCGACAGUACCACAAACAUUCGACUAUCCCAAGUGCAUCUGACUUGGAGAAAAAAGUGUCUCUACUCCUGGUCAACCAUCACUACUCCGUCGACUUUGCUGAAUCAGUGCCUCCAAACCAUAUACCCGUUGGUGGCCUACAGGUUCUCACAGCCAAAACCCUUCCGGAUGACAUCAAGUCUUUCAUCGAAGCUGGUUCGAAAGGAGCUGUGCUGUUCUCAUUGGGCACGAACGUAAUGAGCAGCGGCCUCGGCGAUGAGCGAAUCCAAAUGUUUUUAGACGUAUUUAGAGAGUUUCCACAGUAUAAUUUUCUGUGGAAAUUCGAAACAAAUAUGAAGUUUGAUUUACCAAAAAAUGUUAUGAUCAAACGAUUCCUGCCACAAAACGACAUAUUAGCUCAUCCUAAUGUGAAAGCGUUCAUAACGCACGGUGGAAUGCUGAGCACGCAUGAAGCCACGUGGCACGGAGUUCCCAUGAUAGGAAUCCCUUUCAUAUGCGAUCAAUAUCGGAAUCUACACAAAUCUGUCCAGGCGGGUGUUGCCGUGAAACUGGAUCAUAGUGCAUUAACAGCUGGCAAAGUUCGAAACGCUCUUAGGGAUAUCCUCGAGAAUCCAUUCUACAAGGAUAAUAUGAAACGGCGGUCAUCACUGUUCCGAGAUCAACCCGAACACCCGCUGAAACGUGCAAUCUGGUGGAUUGAGUGGGCUCUACGACAUCCCAACUGCGAACGUAUCCAAUCGCCAUCCAAAUGGAUGAGCUUUUGGUCGAGUGAACUGUACGAUGUAAAACUGUUGCUGAUUUUAGCUUUGAUAAUUGUGAUAAUGGUUGCGAAAUCCUUGAUAAUCAGUGCAUUAUCUAUGUGCGAGAAAGAUACACAAGAUAACGAUAAGAAACAGAAUUGAAGUGCGAAGGCAAAAAUAAUAGGUAGCAUCGGAACAAUCUGUAGGCAGCCAUGCAUACAAUCACACAUGAAUUAAAGAAUCUGGAAGCAAUUCAACUCUGAUUGGUAGCACGUGCUUUCCGUGCAAGCACUGGUUGUUAGUAUAGCCAUUUGUUUGCAAUUGCAAUUCAUACGAGCAGUGCAAUCAACGAUGACUGUGUAAAUUGUCGGAAUGACAUGCACAUUUUUAUCAGUGAUCAGUG